GUGGUGCAUGGUGUCAGCCUGGGACUCUCCAUGGGCUGCUGCUGGCACUGGUCCUGGCGUUCAUGCCAAGAGCAUGAUGAGCAAGGAGCACAUUGUUUGUCCCGAUUCAGAGCAGGGCGAGUGGCCCCCAGAGAAUAAGCACAGCUUCCUGUCCGAUCAUGAGGUCUUCCUGGGCAAGGAGGGCUCCAAGACCUUUGAUAGCUAAUCCUGGACGAGAGCAGGAGAGGCUGGGGAAAAUUGUUGAUCCAAUUGACAGUGAUGAAGGCAGCCUUGUUACUGCUGAGGACCUGAAAGUUUGGAUCAAACAGGUACAGAAAAGAUACAUCAACCAAAAUGUGGCUAAACUCUGGAAGGAUUAUGAUAGGGACAUAGAUGAAAAAUCUCCUGGGAAGAAUACAAGCAGGCUACCUAUGGCUACUACCUGGGAAACCUUGCUGAAUUCCAAGAUAGCUCUGAUCAUCACAACUUUAAAAAGUUGCCUCCACGAGAUGAGAGGAGGUUUAAGGCCUUGACGGUGACCUGACAGCUACUCAGGACGGGUUCAUUGCUUUUCUGCACUAAGAGGAUUUAAAACAUAUGAAGGAGAUUGUAGUUCUGGAAACGCUGGAGAAUAUCGACAAGAACGGGGAUGGUUUUGUGGACUAGUAUGAGUACAUUUUGGACAUCUUUUUCUCACGAGGACAAUUGCCCUGAGACCGACUGGGUUUUGUCUGGGGAGCAGUUCAAUGAUUUCCCAGAUCUGAACAAGGAUGGGAAACUGGAUUAGGAUGAGAUUCACCAUUGGAUCCUCCCUCAGGACUAUGACCAUGCACAGGCUGAGGCCCAGCAUCUGGUGUAUGAGUCAGAUAAAAAGAAGGAUGAGAUGCUGACCAAGGAGGAGAUUCUAGACAACUGGACCAUGUUUGUGAGAAGCCAUGCCACCAAUUACAGGGAAGAUCUUACCAAAAAUCAUGAUGAUCUUUGAAAGAAACUCAUCCUCAUGUGGCCAACAGUCACAUGCUUUCUAUUCUGGCUGAUUGCUAUAUUUGUCAAGUAUAUAGCAGUUGUGUCCCUAAACAAUAAGAAACCUUUCUAAAGCUCAAAAAAAUCAUGCAUUACACCACAAACAAUAAUAUUAGGAGACUUAAACACGCCACUUUCAUCAAUGGACAGAUCAGGGAAACAGAAAUUAAACAGAGACACAGAAAGACUAACAGGUUAUGAAACAAAUGGAUUUAACAUAUAUUUAUAGAACACUCCACCCUAAAACCAAAGGAUAUACCUUCUUCUCAGCAUCCCAUUGUACCUUCUCCAAAAUUGACCAUAUAAUCGGUCACAAAACCAGCCUCAACAGAUACAGGAAGUUAGAAAUAAUCCCAUGCAUCCUUUCAAAAAACCACGGACUAAGGCUGCUGAUCAAUAACAACAAAUAAGACAGAAAGCCCACAUAUACAUGGAAGUUGAAGUCAAUGACAACUUGGUCAUUGGAGACAUAAGAAAGAAAUUAAAGACUUCUUAGAAUUUAAUGAAAAUGAAGAUACAACAUACCCAAACUUAUGGGACACAAUAAAAGCAGCGCUAAGAGGAAAACUCAUAGCUCUGUAUGCCUGCAAAAAGAAACAGGAGAGAGCAUAUGUCAGCAGCUUGACAGCACACCUAAAAGCUCUAGAAAAAAUUAAAUAAACCCUAGAGGAGUAGAAGGCAGGAAAUAAUCAAACUCAGGGCUGAAAUCAAACAAGAAGAAACAAAACCGAGUAUCAAAAGAAUCAGCAAACCCAGGAGCUGGUUAUUUGAGAAAAUCAACAAGGUACAUAAACGCUUAGCCAUGUUAACCAGAGGUCACAGAGAGUGUAUCCAAAUUAAUGAAGUCAGAAAUAAAAGGGAGACAUAACAACAAAAUCUGAAGAAAUUAAAAAGAUCAUCAGAUCCUACUACAAAAACAUAUAUUCAACAAAACUGGAAAAUGUGGAGGAAAUGGACAAUUUUCUAUACAGAUACCAGGUACCACAGUUAAAUCAGGAACAAAUAAACCAUCGAAACAACCCCAUAACUCAUAAAGACAUAGAAACUGCUAUUAAACAUCUCCCAUCCAGGGGCUGGGGAUUUAGCUCAGUGGUAGAGCGCUUACCUAGGAAGCGCUAGGCAGGCCCUGGGUUCGGUCCCUAGCUCCGAAAAAAAGAACCAAAAAAAAAACAUCUCCCAUCCAAAAAGAGCCCAGGACCAGAUGGAUUUAGUGCAGAAUUCUAUCAGACCUUCAUAGAAGACUUCAUACCAAUACUGUCCAAACUAUUCCGCAAAAUAGAAACAGACAGAGCACUACCAAACUCCCUCUAUGAAGCCACAAUUACUCUUAUACCUAAACCACACAAAGAUACAACAAAGAUAGAGAAAUUCAGACCUAUUUUAUUUAUGAAUAUUGAUGCAAAAAUGCUCAAUAAAAUUCUUGCAAACUGAAUCCAAGAACACAUCCAAACAAUCAUCCAUCAUGGUCAACUAGGCCUCAUGGCAAGGAUGCAGGGAUGGUUUAAUAUACGGAAGUCCAUCAACGAAAUUCAUCAUAUAAACAAAGUCAAAACCACAUGAUCAUUUCAUUAGAUGCUGAGAAAUCAUUUGACAAAAUUCAUUACCCUUUCAUUAAUAAAGUCCUGGAAAGAUCAGGAAUUGAAGGCCUGAAUCGAAAUAUAGGAAAAUGCAAAAUACAUCAAACCUGUACCUAACAUCAAACUAAACUUAGAAUAUUGAAGGAAUCCCACUAAAAUCAGGGACUAGACAAGGCUGCCCACUCUUUCCCUACUUAAGUACAAUAUGGUACUUAACGUCCUAGCCAUAGCAAUCAAACAAUGAAAGUAGGUCAAAGGGAAAAAAUUAGAAGGGAUGAAGUCAAAACACUAAUAUUUGAAGAUGAUAUGAUAGUCUACUUAAGCAACACCAAAAUUCCACCAGAGAACUACUUAACCUGAUCAACAACUUCAGCAAACUGGCCGAGUAUAAAAUUAACCCAAACAAUUCAGUAGUCUUCCUCUACUCAAAGGGUAAACAGGCUGAGAAAGAAAUUAGGGAAAUGACACCCUUCACAACAGUCCCAAAUAAUAUAAAAUAACUUGCUGUUACUUGAACCAAGCAAGUAAAAAAUCUGUAUGACAAGAACUUCAAAUCUCUGAAGAAAUUGAAGAAGAUCUCAGAAGAUGGAAAGAUCUCCCAUGCUCAUAGAUUGGCAGGAUGAAUAUGGUAAAAAAUGGCCAUUUUGCCAAACACAAUCUACAGAUUCAAUGCCAUCACCAACAAUAUUCCUACUCAAUUCUUUAUAAAGGUAGAAAGUGCAAUUUGCCGUCAUUUGGUAUAACAUAAAACCCAGGAUAGCAAAACUAUACUCAACAAUAAAAGACCUUCUGGGGGAAUCACCAUCUCUGACCUCAAGCAGUAUUACAGAGCAAUAGUUUGUAUGGUAUUGGCAUACAGACAGGCAGCUCAGUGGAACAUAAUUGAAGACACAGAAAUGAACCCACACACCUAUGGUCAUUUGAUCUUUGACAAAGGAGUUAAGACAUCCAGUGGAAGAAAGGUAGCAGUUUUAACAAAUAGUUCAACUGGAGGUCAGCAUGUAGAAGAAUGCAAGUUGACCCAUUCUUAUUACCCUGUACAAAGCUUAAGUCCAAGUGGAUCAAGGGCCUCCACAUCAAACCAGAUACACUAAAAUUAAUAGAAAAAAAGUAGGGAAGAGUCUCGAAGACAUGAGGACUAAGGAAAAUUUCCUAAACAAAAUACCAAUGGCUUAUGCUUUAAGAUCAAGAAUCGACAAAUGGGGGGAACCUCAUAAAACUGAAAAGCUUCUGUAAGGCAAAGGAGAGUGUCAUUCACACAAAAAGGCAACCAACAGAUUGGGAAAGUAUUUUUACCAUUCCUGCAUCUGAUAGAGGGCUAAUAUCCAAAGUAUACAGAAAACACAAGAAGUUAGAGUACAGUGGGCCAAACACCCCUGUUAAUAAAUGGGGUACGGAGCUAAAGAAAACAUUCUCAGCUGAGGAAUAUCGAAUAGCUGAAAAGCACCUAAAGAAAUGCUCAACAUCCUUAGUCAUCAGGGAAGUGCAAAUCAAAACAACCCUAAGAAUCCACCUCACACCAGUCAGGAUGGCUAAGAUCAAAAACUCAGGUGACAACAGAGGCUGGGGAGGACGUGGAGAAAGAGAAACACUUGUCCAUUGUUGCUGGGAUUGCAAACUGGUACAAGCACUCUGGAAAUCAGUCUGAAGGUUCCUCAGAAAAUUGGAUAUUGCACUACCUGAGCACACAGCUAUACCUGUCCUGGGCAUAUACCCAAAAGAUUCUCCAACAUACAACAAACACAUAUGAUCCACUAUGUUCAUAGCAGCCUUAUUCAUAAUAGCCAGAAGCUGGAAUGAACCCAGAUGCCCUUCAACAGAGGAAUGGAUUCGAAAAAUGUGGUACAUCUACACAAAGGAGUACCACUCAGCUAUCAAAAACAAUGACUACAUUCAAUUCAUAGGCAAAUGGAAAGAACUAGAAAAUAUCAUCCACAGGGAGGCAAUCCAAUCACAGAAAAACACACUUGGUAUGUUCUUGGGAGCAAUGGCCUCGAAUCACUCCAUUAUUGAUGUUAUUAUUAUGGUUAGCAUUAAGUAUGACUGGGUUCAUGGAAAAACCCAGCCAGCUGCAGAAGACUAAUACAAAUGUGGUGGUCAAGAUGAAUAAUCAUAUGAUAACGUGUGAUGUUAAGAUACCCAAAGUCAUGACCUGUAACCUUUCUGAAAAACCAACAUCAUGCUGUCUAAUAGAUAUGACAAACCUGUGACCUUUUUGACUACCUGUCAACAUCAGCGGAUUCCCUGACCACAUGAAUAUUGUGUCCUUGGCGUGGGUAAAUGUUUCUUACUUCUCUCCCCUCUCUGUUACCCUUUUUAUGGUACAAAUUCAGCAUUGGGGAAAAAUAAAAUUGUCACCUUGAUCAGACUCUUCUCUUGGCAUCCUUCUUCAUAUCUCUUAUCCCUCAUUCUCUUCCAGAUUCUCAGCACCCCUCGUUGACAGUAUGUACUCAUUGAUAAGUGGAUAUUGACCAAAACCUCAAAUUACCCAAGAUGCAAUCUACAGAUCUCAGGAAACUCAAGAAGAAGGAUGACCAAAGUGCAGAUGCUCCCACUCCUUCUUAAAAUGGGGAACAAAAAUAUCCAUAGGAGGGUAUAUGGAGGCCAAAUCUAAAGCAGAGACCGAAAGAACAGCCAUUCAGAGUCUGCCCCACAUGGGGCCCAUAUAUAUACAUCCACCAAAACUAGGUUUUGGUAGGGAGGCAUCAUCCCAAAAUGUCAUCAUUAAGCAAGAGGAGUGUCUAAAGGAACUGGAGGAACUCAAAUUUGAAAUCCAGAAGUGUCAAUUCGAGAGGGAUGAACUUUAUCAAAUCCUGGAUCUUUAUAUCUAUGAUGAGUGGGACCACAGGCUGCAUGUCGAAUUGCCAGUCCUUCAAUCCGAACAUGAGAUGAGAAUGAUGGCUAUGCAAAUGAUGACCAACUCAGUAAGUGAUGCCAUGGAGAGGUACAAGGAGCUCAUACAAGUGAACAGUUCCUACCACAUCAGGCAAUCCCAGCUCCUGCGUGAACAAGCUCAAUUGGAGAACAAUAUACAGAUUUUGCUGAAUGAGAAGAGAAAACUGCUGGUGGAGCAGACUGAACUGCCAGCAUCCUCUGUGGAGGCAAAGAAGCUCUGUGAAGAGGCCGGAAUGAACAUCUGUGACCCCAGAGCCAAGCAACAGCAGGUCUGAAAUUCUCCAGCAGAAAUUCGAACAUGACACAGACCAGGACAAGAUCUCCCUUGGAGAGAAGAACUACAGGAGGAGAACUAAGUGUGCACAGCAAAUACACCACUAUUGCAUCUCAUCUGUAAUGUCUAUAGCAAUUGUGGACUGCAUUUUCCUCCUUUAGUUUGAUUUCUUUGCAUUGAAUACGCUGUAUUUUCACCUUGCCUCUCUCCAGCAAGUGUACACUUUUGGAGGGACCCAGAGAAGUGCUGAUGCACAUCAAUCAAGAGCUGCUGGUCAUCCAGAAAGACUGUGCACGUUUAAAUUUGUACUUGUCCUGAUGAGUCAUUCAGAAGAGUUUCAUGGAGAUCAGUUCACAAUAUUGGAAAGACUUUGUGACAAAGUCUGUAAUAUCAUUUAUACUCAGUAUUGGUAGGCGUUUUCCUUAAUACCCCCACUCCAACAAAACAGACCUACUUCCACUCCUCUUGAAAAGAUCAUUACCAUCACUAACUGCUUGUCUACUAUGUCUCCAAGGCAAGCCACAGGCUAUAAGUCUAUUCUGCAAAAGGAGCAGCAAAAAAUGCUUAGUGCAAUUCCUCUAUUUAAAGUUUGGUUAAUUUUUAAUUGUUUUGGUUAUUUGGUUUUCCUUCUAUUCAUUUGAAGAUUUGUUAUUUAUGUGUUGUUGUUUUGUUCAUUUGCUUUUCUAUUUUGAUAAGGAUAUAGACUGUAUAUAUUGACUACCUGCAUCUGGUUACUAUCAAGUAAAUUGGAUGUAUUCUGGUCAAUAAAGGAGUAAUCUCAAA